AUGAAAAAGCUACAAAAAGAAGGGUUAGGUGAAACAGAUCAGUUAGUAGCACUUACUCUUAAAUUAUUUUGCAGUUUGCGAGAUGGUAAUACAGCUAAAUUAAAAGUAAAUGAUAUAUUCCAUCAACCUAAUGGUAGAUUAUCUCUUAUUCUUAUAUAUGAAAAAAACAAUCAGCAAG